GGGGAGGGGGAAAAAGGGGAUUUACAGGAGAAGUUUAGAGUACUGAACAGAUUCACACAGCUGGAACAGUGAUUUGGGAAUGACCUGAGCACUGGGCACAGGAGGAGACAAGGCAGUGGGGUCUGGCAGCCUGCACAACCUUAUCUUGCAGGAGAACAAGGAAUGUGGGAGGCAGCUCUCCUCUCCCCUGCACACUGCACCCAGUGUGCUCCUCUCUGUGGCUCUCCUGAGCUUGUCCCCAUUCUAGGACUGUUUUGGUGUGAUGAGGAUCUAGCAGGCAUAAGAUUUAAUGUGUGUAGUCAGACCCAAUGCUGAGGUAUUCCUGCUUAUAUUUUUUUCUUCUUCCUUUGCAGCUUUUCCAGCCUUAACUAUAAGAAUUGCUGACCCUAGAGUGGGUGGUGCCUCCUGGGCUUCAUUUGGUGCUUGCACAGAUGCUGUGUUAGGUUCUGCUGGGCUGGGCUGGCUUCAGGCUGUGCUGCUUUGUUCUGGGUAAGUUCUUGGAAUGGGCACCCAGUGCAUUUCUGCUGCUGCUUUGAGCAGAGUGGCUUCUAUGUGCUGUUUUUGGUGGUUUUGCUUUUCUUUCCCACCUGUGUGCAGAAGCAUGCAGCGAUAAGCUCUAUGUGACAUGAUUUAAAUGUACACAGAGCCUGUGUACUUGCUAGGGGACAAUGGAAGAGCAGUCGAGCCAUGCAAAUACCCCUUUUCUGCUCUCAGUUUCAAUGGCAAGCUUUCUGCCUUUUCCAGGUUCAGCAAAGAGGAAUUCCAUCUUGCAAGAAGCCCACAGACCGUGCUCUGUAGGCAUGAACUUCACUCUUGUGAUACCAAGUUCUUGAUUUGCCAAAGCAGAUUGAUUGCAAAUUUAAUGCCUGGGCUUCACGCAGCCUGUGUAGGGUGUAGCUCACACAAGGACUGUGGUUUUGUUAGAUGGGAGACAUCAAGGAGAGCUCAGAUGUGCUCUUGGUAGCUUGUGGGGGUAAGAAAUGGCAUUGUAGCUCAUGGAGCUUUCAGAGUGAUCCGUUUCCAAAUGCAUGUGUAUGGCUGUGGUCCAAACAGCUGAAAAGUACCUGAAGCUGUGGCAACAGGCUGCAGGCUGGGGGGGGAUCUCCAACCCAACCACACAUGGCAGAUCACGUAGAAAACAAACAACAAAAGAGGGCCGAGAUGCUGUGCAAGUUGGAACAGCCAUAAUCAAUAACCAGGGGAGACUGUGUUGUGGUCGGGAGCUCUGAAGCACUUUCCAAAAUCAUUGAGAAUUUGCUUUUAAGUGCUGAGCUUUUGGCUGAUGUCUCCAUGAGGGUGUUCAGAAGAGAAGAGGUCUCAUGUUGGUAAGCCAAAAAUGUGCUGGAAAGAAGGGAUUCUGUGAGUUACUUUGGAGUCAAGUGAACAACUGCGUGGAGUAUUUUCCCUUCCCAGUGUGUGAUCUGACUGCUUUGGCCAAGAGAAACAUCAGCUGCCCAUAGCUUACGUAGAUCAGUCUUGUAUAGGCUUCACAGUCCUUUAGGAUAUCUGGCAUUUCUUCAUCAGUGGGGAAACAACUCACUCUGUUGGGGAGAUUUCUCUUGAAGCAUUUUUUCUACUUAAAAUGCAGUGGUGCAUGCAUUUCUGGGAGUCCUGUAUGAGCUUGCUGCAAGCAAAUGCCAUUUGCUGCUGUAAUUUUUGGCCAUGUUUCAGGUGACAAAAGGGGAGCAGAUGGCUGUGAUGUGAUGGGCUGUGUCUGUGUGUCCGUGCACAGGCUGAGCUUCUGUUGCUGCGGAUGUAGCUGUGUUCUUCUGCCUCUGAGUCCCACAGCCAACUGGAACACGUUAGAUUUUCUCUCCCUGUACUGCUGAGCUGUAUUUCUGAAUUUCCUUGAAACGUGGAUGUCUUUUCCAGAUGGCUUUCUCUAUUUUUGCUCUUCCACUUUCACAGAGAUGAUGACAGCAGCAAUGAAUUAAAAUAACAUUUGUCCUGGGAAGAGUUCGGUCAUACCUAGAGAAAAGAGAUGUAAGAGCAGCUGUAUGAGAGGCAACCAGCCUUCAGCAAUUCCCGAGCCCCUCACAUUUCCAUAUUGAUAUCUCAGUUUUGGCCAAGUCUUUAAAUUUCUUCUCAGUUUGACUUUAUUACCUGUGUGAGCUUUAUGUUUUUUGUCCAGCGAGAUGGAAUAUUGCUGUUCAACUGGACGUAAGCUUCUGGUUUGUUACACUUUGCUUAAAGUUUAGGACUUGGAAGUGCUCCCUUUCCUCAGGUGUUAGGGACUGUGGUUUAUUUCCCUUCCUCUUCUCUCCCUUUGUUAGCCUAUGGAAUCUGCCUCUCCUCAGCCUCUGCGUAGAAAGGAACUUCCUGCUGAUCUGACAGCCUCCAAGUACGUGUUCCACAAUUCCACAAGGCUGGCAUGUUAUAAAUAGCCCUGGACACCGGCAGGAGCAUGGCCAUGAGUGCUGCAUGUGCUGCUCUGUGUCGGCACAGGACUGGCUCUUGCACAGAGCAGACAGUGCUGUGAAAUCUGCAGCCAGGAAACUGCACUGCUGAGAUGUGUUCCACGAUCCUUUUCACAGUGACACAACGAGUUUUGAAGCGGUGAGGAGGAUGAUGUGUUUGUUUUAUUGAAAUUAUCCUAGACUGCCUGGCACUAAGGUCUAGUUUAGUUGAAAGGGAGAAUUAAUGAAGUGGUAAAUAAAUACCGAAGGCUUUUCCUUCAGAUGAUGCUGAAUUUGCUGAAUCUCCUCAACGCAGCAUUUUUCACUCUGUUCUGGGGAUGGUGGGACCUCAGCACGAAUUCUCACACCUCCCAGCAGAGGGCAAAGUGAACAGUGCUGUAGGAGCACUGAAUGGAACAGCUGAAGGUUUGUGCAACAUUAAUGCUUUAUGCAGAACCUCUGCUGGUAUUCAAUAUCCCCUUCUCCUUUUGUUUUUUAUCACUUUUGAAAUAUACUUCUUCAUUGGAACUCUUGGUCCUGCGGUUAGGUUAAGGUUAUGGGGUGAGCUGGGAGCCCAAGGUCACCUGCAGAAGCAGAGGAGGUUUGGGGGCUCAGGUACUGUCAGUCCCAUAUUGAUCUGAUCUGCUUUGUCACACACUGCUUUCCAUCCCUUCAGGCAUCUGUCACCAAAGUGAAGCCAUCAAAAGAUGAUUGAAUGUAUUCCAUCCAACAGCAGUGGUUGAAAGUGGAUUUUAAAAUAGAACUUGCUGUAUAUUAUUACAAGUGUUGCUUGUUCUGCAGUUUUGCAAGCCACAAGAACAAGGUGUCUUUCCUGCCAUGCCUGCACUUGCAGAUCUGUUGCAAGCUAGCUGGGUUUGUUUCAUGUUUGCUUGAUUUAUUUUGACUUUUAAUCCAGACUGUUCUUCUAUUGUUAAAGGCUCUUUGGUUCUGUGUUUACCUGCAGGCAGUGUUUGAAUGGAGGAAAGUACAAAGGUGUAACCCUGUCUGCUCUUGUCUUUUGUAUGAAGUGCCUGAUCUUCCUGCGAGCUCCCGGCUUCUGCAGCUCAACCUCACUCACUUCAUCCAGACAGCAGCACGCAGGGUGUGUAAGGACUGGCUGCUGUGGGACCUUGGUGUGCCUGCAGCAUUUUGUUGCUCAGUACCUGUGCUGUGUCCCCAGGUGCUUCACUGUGUGUUUGCCAAAGUGAUUUAUUAUUUUUUUAAUCCUUUCUUGAACUUACGAUUUCAGGUCACGAACCUGCUCUCAUUUUCACAGGAGUGUUCACAUCCUUAGAGGUGUGCAUUAAAGCCGGAGGCAGAUGUGAAAACAGCUGUUUUACAACAGUGUGUAUGCCACAGCUACAGUGUCAUUCCCUUGCAUGCCUUCACGCUCAGGUAGGGACCAGCAGUAAGACGCACUGUCAGCCCCAGUACCUGCUGUGUCUGUUUGGAUCAGCCCAUCAGCUCCGGUUUGCAGCUGGUGAGCUGAGGAUGGAGGCAAGACAAAGCUGAUUGAUAACAGAAGCACAGACCUGUUUGCAACCCAUGCAGGUGAGCAGGUGCUGGGUGUGCUCCCUCCCCAGACCCAUCAAAUAAGGAAGCAAGCGGAGCUGGGUUGCACUCCAGCUACAACCCCCUGCUGCCCAUUCACAGCACGGUGCUGGCUGAAGCUCCACUGCUAGGGAGAUGUCAGUGGUUGGGAGCUGAGAGCCUGCAGGUGGGGGCAUGGGGUGUUCCUUCAGCAUUCUAUGCUUAGGAGACCAACAGCUUUUAAGUAGUAAUCGUGAAGGUGGGCUCUGUCCGCUUUCCUGAGGGCUAUCAGUAUGUAACUUUGUGUUUCUGAGUGCUGGACAAACCUGCCAAUAAGGAAGAAGAUAUUGACCAAAAUGGUUUUUGUGUGGUAUCCUGAAUACUGCAGUGGGUAAAGCUUUGCAGCCUCUGUGUCUCUUUCAGCAGCAGGCAGCGAGUGUCCAGAUGAGGCCAAGAAGGAAUGGGGAGAAGGGGCUGCCCCACUCCAUGGCACUGGUCUGGGUUUUUGUUGGUUUUUCUGUAGGGUUUUGUGCACAGUUGGUUGAAUGGUUUUCUCUGGAUCUCAUGUGAGAUGGUCACCUGAGCCCUGGUGAGUCUGGAGAACAAACAGAGGUAUUUGUAUUUCACCUUUAGCUGUUAAAUGAAGACUUUCAGCUGCUCUUCUCAGUGUGAAGAUCACAGGAUCAUUAAGGUUGGAAAAGAACUUUAAGAUCAUGUUCAACCCUAAGCCAUCCCACCGUGCCUGCUGAUGACAUUCCUCAGUGCUACAUCUCCACAGAUGGUGACACCACCACCCCCUGGGCAGCCUGUGCCAAAUAUCCAACCUGACCCUCCCCUGGCAUUACUUAGGAACCACUGCCUCUUGUCCUAUCACUGUUAUCUGGGAAAAGGGGCCAACUCACAGUGGAGCAUAGGAAAGGAGGAUCUGCUGCAUUCAUUGACACAUCUCCCUGAGCUCUUGUGUUCCUGUGCUGAGUCUUUGUGUCUGGGAGGAGGACAACCUCAAACUGAGACCCAAAAGCCCACGCUGAGCCUUUUCCAUUUGUGGCUGCAGGGAUGAGCUCUGAGGUAUGAUGGUGUCACUUCAGAUUGGGCUUUGUUAAAUAGGAGCCCCUGACCCGGCAGUUUGCUCUGUUUUCUUACGUUAGACAAGGAAUAUGCCCAGCAGGAGAGCAGAGAGGGGGCAUGCUCUGUCAAGAGCUGAGAUGGUUUCACUUCCCUUUGCUUUAAUGACACAAUUUCUCACUUCUCUUCAGCAGAACAGCAGCUGGAAAGGGCUGCGGAGGGGAGCUGGGGUCGUGCCAGCGUGCACUGCUGGGUGAUGUCAUGGAGUGCCUCAUCAGUACCUCUUCCUUUGGGUGAAUUCAGAGCUUCUGGUUGUGACAGGUUUACGCCAAAACUGUGGGUAAAUGUGCUGGGGUAGUGCCACAGAGAUCAGAUACAAAGCUGAGAUCAGUGUGUCCACAUCACGCAGCCCUAUGAGGAAGUGUGGGCAACGUACAAGCAAACAGCGAACCGUGGGUGUGAGCAGCUCACUUGCAAGGCCUGCAGCUCCUGCAGAGAUCUGGGAGGAAGGGCCAGCAGUUCUCCCUUCUCGCUGCUCCCACGGGUGCGUUGUGAGCAGUUCUGCAGAACAUCCACAUCGGCACUCAGGUCUGCGGUGCUGAGCCCUCAUGCUGGCCGCUGGGGGAGUGUGGGGGAAAUGAGGUGGCUUCUGUGGCUCCCUGAUCCCUGGCCCACUUCCUCCUUGCUUACGUUGGUGGAGGUGGGAGACGGAAGAGCGCAGACCGCAGUGCUGGAGCCGGUCCAAGGAUGGGUGUGGGAGCUGGGAAGUGGAUGUGGCCAGGCCACUGACCAGCACCCCUCUUCUCUUCCUGCCCACCCCAUGCUUCCAGAAAUGGCCUCUUGCUUUCUACUGAGACCUAUUUCUGCCUUCCCUCUGGGCCCUGGGUUAAAUGAGGGAUCCUCUCUCACAGUCACUCUGCAUUGGAGGCCAUGUCCUCAGCCAAACAGCCUCUGUUUUCCAACCUGAAGGUUUUAUGCUUGCAGCUGCUCAUGCUGGUGGCUCACCUGGUUCCCUUUGCUCUGCUGGGCUAUUUCCUUCCACCUCCCCGGGGCGACUGCAGCUGUUGUUGUGAGAACCUGUGAAGGCGAAUGAGCCAGCAAGCUUCGUACUCCACUCUGAGCAGUCUGCCCUGCGAAGAAAUACUCAGCAUUAUAGGCUUCUCCAGAUCCCCUCUUUCCAAGGAUGAUGUGUGGUGAGGACGCUGCGGGACCUCCCAGCCCUGAGGCCACCCCCUGCCAGCUCCUGCCCUUCUCCCACUGGGUGAGUGUCCUUGUGGUGGGCUGGGGACCAGGAGGGGUCUGCAGCUGUCUGCUGGUGCUGGUGACCUCGAGUAACACCCUGGGAAUUUUGCCCCACUGCGGAGUUUCUGACAUCUGCUCUGGUUCGCUUGAACGCUGAGUGCUUCUCUCUUUUCCUUCUUGAUUUUUAGACUUCAAACUUCCUUGAAAAUGCAGGAAAUGAAACCAUGGGGCCUUUUUUUGUGAGUAAUGUGGGAGCACUGAGCAGAGAAGAAAUGAAAUUCAGGGUAAAAGCAAAAAAGAAAAAUCUCCCAGGUCAUGUAUGCUGGCUGCAAGAGCGUGGGGGCUGCUGUGAUCAGACGUCCAAUGGGUUGGGGUCACCCAGACAGCAACGUCUCUGGGAGGGGGAUUGAGGAGGUUCGCAGUGGGAAAGGAGGGCAGGAGCUGUCCAGCACACCUUCACAUUGACUUCCACAUUGGUUGGGAGCUUCCUGCAUUGGGCUGGCGCAGACCUGCACCGUUUGCCCAAAUCCUGAGCAGCCACAGAGGACCCUGAGCAUCCCAAUCUCACCCGGGCACUGCAAGAGGCUGGGUGCUGCUGUCCUGAGGCAGGCUCCCAGAAUCUGGGGAGCCUGGGUUUGGGAAUGCUGAGAACGAUAUUGGUCCCUUUCUUCUUCCCCUGCAGGAAAUGCGGUGAGGUUGAACCCAACCACCACGAGCAGCCCCAGGCUGGUCCCGCUGAGUCCUGGGGCCCUGCCCACAACCCCCACCCCGUGGUUCCUCCUUGCAGCUGGGGCUGCCUGCGGGUGCACGACCUGGGGUGUGAACGCCUCGCCGCGCUCUCUGCCUCCAUGUGACUGCAGUUUCCGUUCGCUCCUUCCGCAAAGCCCGUCUUAGCGCUCAGCAGAAAGCGGGUGGGAGAACACCUUGUUGGUUUGCAUCCGACCCCGGCCCCACAGAACCCCCCAGUGCAGUGGAGGGGCUGCGGGCCGCAGGAUGAGCUGCUGCAGGACCCGCGCGCUGCUACGGGUGGAGAGCUGCUGCUGAGAUGGAGGCCCCGCUGCCUGUUCUCUCCCUGCUCCUGGUCCUUCUGGCAGUAGGAUGGGGAGAUGGGGCGGGCGCAGCGUGGGCCGUGUCUCCUGGUGGUUGUGAGCACGUGCAGAGCACUGCAGACUACAGGAGGAAAUGGUUGAGCUCCGUCCCUAGAAAUCUGCAAGGUGACAUUGAAGAGCUGUUGCUGGAUGACAACACUAUCCGGGUCCUGGGCCGUGCCUCUCUGCUCUCAUACCACCAGCUGAAGCAUCUCAGCCUGACCAAAAACCGGAUGGAGCUCAUCGAGCCUGGUGCCUUCCUGGGCUGCCAGGGCCUCCACGUGCUAUCCUUGGCAGACAACCUCCUCUUUACCAACUACUCACUAACAGCAGCUGCUCUUUCCGCUUUGCCAGCCUUGAGGACGCUCGAUCUAGCUGGAAAUCAGCUCACUGAGUACAUGGUAUCUAUUUUGCUCAGCAACCUGUCUUCCUUGGAGUCCUUGUCCGUGGCUAGGAAUGUCAUCAUGAGACUGGACUCUUCCGUCUUCACCAACCUGACGCAGCUCUUGGAGCUGAACCUGGAGAGGAACUACAUCUUUGAGAUUGACCAAGCUUUUGAAGGGCUGCAGAGGCUGCAGAGGCUCAACAUUGCUUACAACUACAUGACGUGCAUUGUGGACUUCAACCUGACCCAGCUCCGGGUGCUCAAUGUCAGCUACAAUAUCAUCGAGUGGUUUCUAGCCCUGGAAAACGAUGACCUCUUUGAGCUGGAGGUGCUGGACCUGUCCCACAACCAGCUCCUUUUUUUCCCCGUGCUGCCCCGGCAGAGCAAGCUGCACUCUUUGCUGCUAAAAGACAACGAGAUGAGCUUUUACCAGCUUCUCCCCAACGGCACGUCCCUGGAGAAUGUCACCGUGCAGUUCCUGCUCAUCGAUGGCAACUCCACCAACAUCACAACGGUCAAGCUGUGGGACGAAGUCUACUACAGCAACCUCUCCUCCCUGCGCCUCCUGGACAUGAGCCAGAACCAAUUCUGGUACCUGCCGGAGGGCUUCCUGGCCAAGAUGCCUGCUCUGACCCACCUGAAGCUCAACCAGAACUGUCUGGAGACCUUCCAGCGUGUCCCCUUGGCCAUGCUGACGGAUCUGGACCUCAGCCAGAACCUGCUGACGGAGCUGUGGGAGGACACGGGCGCCGGGCCCGCCCUGCCCAACCUGCAGCUCUUCAACCUCAGCACCAACAUGCUGCGGGCGCUUCCUGCCGGCAUCUUCACUCACACAAAGCAGAUCACUACAGUUGACCUCAGCUACAACCGCCUCGACCUGUGUCCCCAGGCGGCCGUUUUGGGCCGGAGCGCUCCCUGCGUGGACAUCAGGGGCCUGGCCACCCUGACCCGCCUCUCCUUGGCCGGCUGUGGUCUGCGGGACCUGGGCGGCCACCCCUUUCGAGGGACGGCCCUGACUCACCUGGACCUCUCUGACAACCGGGAGGCUCUGUCAGGGGACCUGGGGUGGCUGCGGGACUUGGCUGCGACGCUGCGGGUGCUGUCCCUCCGCAACACCAACCUCUCCUCCACCUCGGUGGACUUCUCGGCCCUCCAGAGCCUGGUGGGACUGGACCUGUCGGGGAACACCCUGACCGCCCUCCCUGCCUCGCUGGGCGCACUGAAGCUACGCAGCCUCGACCUGCGGGACAACAGCCUGACAGCUCUGCCCGCGGACGUGGCAUGGAGGCCGCUGGGGAGGAGCCUGCGGGAGCUCUACCUCAGCCGUAACCCCUACAACUGCUGCACGCUGGGCUGGUGGGAGGCCCUGCAGCGCAUGGAGCACCUGCGUGUCCCUGACGGGCGCGAGGUGACCUGCAACUACGACUCGCAGCAGCUGAGCGCUUGGGUGCUGCCCGAGCCCGUCCUGCGGGACUGCCGCUGGAGGACGGCCAACAUGGCUCUGCUCUACCUGGUGCUCGCCCUGCCCACGUGCCUGACGUUGCUGGUGGCCUUCACUGUGGUCUUCCUCGUGCUGAAGCCAAAGCUGCUGAAAAUGGUGAAGAGGCGGUGCGGGGUGUCCAGCCCGUACUGAUGGCUGAGGAGGAGGCAGGGCCCUCUUGGGAGUGAAGGCGAGCAAGCAGGGGAAGGGAUUGAGAACUUGCAUCCAUCUGGUGGCCCAGAAGUGGCGUUUUGGGCUGCCUGGGUGCUUGCCUUUAUUUAUUCACACCGCUGUGGUCGCCUUCCAUAUGUGACCACAGAGACAUGCCUGGCGGUCAACACGAAACUGGCGCUUGUGCAGGUGAGCUUCCAUGGUGAACGUUUCACAUCUGCGUGUUUUGGAGGGCAAGGGCUGCAAUCCACAUGUGAAAAGGUAAAACAGGGAAGAACGGCAGAUCUAUUUCACUGGAUCUGUCAGUGAAACUUCAGCCUUAGGGUAAACCACUAAGAACAGAAGGACUGGGACAGUGGCCAUUCCCCCAGCAGCACGGUCCCUGUCCUACACUGCACUGGUGGUGGCACCACUGCUGGCAGUGCCUGCUGUGCCAGUGAGACAGAACCUCAAACCUCAAUAAUGUACAAUACUGGCCGAAAGACACAAGAAUAAAUUAUAUUUCUGGUAA